AAAAACGAUCAUCUUCCAUGUUCCCGCUCACUAAAAACAAAAGCUUUUAUUCUUUUGGCCGGCUCAGAAAUGUCAGAGAUGAAACCGAAGAUCAUUUGUCAGUACUUGCCAAUGCCAAUUUUAAAACCUCCAUUUGCCUCUAUAUAUUGGUAUCAGUCCAAAAAACAAAAAAAAAAAAGAUGGGAAAAAAGGAAAGAACUUGACCCUUCUUUAAUGCUUAGAAACUACUACUGGGUAUUGACAUGGGCAACUUUGAGAGUGUUAUAACAUGGGUUUUUAUCUGUUUCUUUGUUUCUGGCGUUGGUUUGUUUUUCACAGUCAAUGGUAGUUAUGUGAAGUACAAUACUGGUAGUGGAGUUGUACCUGGAAAAAUCAAUGUCCAUUUGGUAGCACAUUCACAUGAUGAUGUUGGUUGGUUAAAAACUGUUGAUCAGUACUAUGUUGGAUCAAAUAACAGUAUUCAGGGUGCUUGUGUUGAGAAUGUGCUGGAUUCAGUUGUGGUAUCACUGCUUAGAGAUCCAAAUAGGAAGUUUAUUUUUGUUGAAAUGGCUUUUUUCCAAAGAUGGUGGCUAGAACAAAGUGAGGAAAUACAAGACCAAGUGAGGAAACUCGUAGAUGCUGGCCAAUUGGAAUUUGCAAAUGGUGGGUGGUGUAUGCACGAUGAAGCAACAUGUCAUUACAUAGAUAUGAUUGACCAAACAACUCUCGGUCAUCUUGCAAUAAAGGAGCAGUUCAACAAGACUCCUCGUGCUGGUUGGCAAAUAGAUCCAUUUGGACACUCUGCUGUGCAAGCUUAUCUGCUGGGAGCUGAGCUUGGUUUCGAUUCUGUACAUUUCGCAAGGAUUGAUUACCAGGACAGAGCAAAGCGCAAAGUAGAUAAGUCUCUAGAAGUUAUAUGGCGUGGGUCCAAAACUUUUGGUUCUUCCUCUCAGAUUUUUGCCAAUACUUUUCCUGUACAUUAUAGUCCUCCACCAGGCUUCCAUUUUGAAGUGUCCGAGGACUUUGUGCCUGUUCAGGAUAAUCCUCUUCUGUUUGAUUACAACGUUGAGCAGCGGGUUAAUGAUUUUGUAGAUGCUGCUAUGACCCAAGCAAAUGUGACAAGGACAAACCAUAUUAUGUGGACCAUGGGUGAUGAUUUUCAGUACCAAUAUGCUGAGUCUUGGUUCAAGCAAAUGGACAAAUUGAUUCAUUAUGUUAAUAAGGACGGUCGUGUGAAUGCCUUGUAUUCUACACCUUCUAUCUACACUGAUAUGAAAAAUGCAGCAAGUGAAUCAUGGCCACUGAAAAUCGAUGAUUAUUUUCCGUAUGCAGAUAGGGAAGAUGCCUAUUGGACUGGGUUUUUUACUAGUCGUCCAGGCUUGAAGCGAUAUGUUCGGCAUCUGAGCGGAUAUUAUUUGGCUACACGACAACUUGAGUUUUUGGUUGGGAAAAAGUCUGCUGGUCCAAGCACUUAUCGUCUAGCAGAUGCUUUAGGAAUAGCACAGCACCACGAUGCAGUAACUGGAACUGCCAAACAACAUACUACAGAUGACUAUGCAAAACGGCUAUCUAUUGGGGCAUCUGAGGCUGAAGCUACUGCAAAUUCUGCUCUCUCAUGCUUAAUUAGCAGUAAAUCUGGAGAUCAAUGUACAGCAUCUGCAUCAGUUUUCAGUCAGUGCCAAUUACUAAAUAUCAGUUACUGUCCGCCGACUGAGGAAACUGGAAGUGGAAAGAGUUUGGUGCUAGUAGUGUACAACCCUCUUGGAUGGAACCGCACAGACAUUAUUAGAAUACCAGUUAAUGAUGCCAAUCUUGCAGUCUCUGAUUCCUCUGGCAAAACCGUUGAGUCACAGUAUGUGAUCAUGGAUAAUGUUACAAGCAACUUAAGAAACUUCUAUUUGAAGGCCUAUAUAGGAUCAUCACCCAAACAAGUUCCUAAGUACUGGCUUGUCUUUCCAGUGUGUGUGCCACCACUUGGAUGGAGUACUUACUUCGUAUCUGAUGCACCUGCAAUAGGGAAAAGGAGAAAUGGACUCUCGGUUACAGAAAGUCCACAGAAUGACACCAUUGAGAUUGGACCUGGAAAUUUGAAAAUGUCUUUUUCUUCUACCACUGGCCAACUCAAACGAAUGUAUAAUUCCAAAACAGGGGUUGAUGUACCAAUUCAGCAAAGCUAUCUUUGGUAUGGCUCGAGCUCGGAUUACUCGCAAUCUUCUGGUGCAUACAUUUUCCGGCCUAAUGGGUCCCCUCCCACUAUUGUUGCAAGAACAGUGCCCUUAAAGGUCAACCGUGGACCUGUAGUUGAUGAAGUCCACCAACAAUUUAAUUCAUGGAUUUACCAGGUCACAAGACUUUACAAAGACAAAGAGCAUGCUGAAAUUGAGUACACCAUUGGUCCAAUUCCCUUAGACGAUGGUCUUGGGAAAGAGGUUAUAACACGAAUGACAGCGAAUAUGGCCACAGACAAGGUGUUCUAUACUGAUUCUAAUGGAAGGGACUUUCUAAAGCGGAUUCGAGACUAUAGAGCUGAUUGGAAUCUUUCAGUUAAUCAACCUGAAGCAGGAAACUAUUAUCCACUUAACCUUGGAAUGUUCAUAACGGAUCAGAAAUCUGAAUUGUCGGUCUUGGUUGAUCGUGCCACUGGAGGAUCCAGCAUUCGAGAUGGUCAAGUAGAACUGAUGCUUCAUAGGCGAAUACUCUAUGAUGAUGGCAGAGGAGUUGGUGAACCACUUGUUGAAAGUGUUUGCGUUAAAGAUACAUGUGAAGGACUCACAGUUCGAGGAAACUAUUAUUUAAGCAUCAACCAGCUAGGAGCUGGAUCAGCCUGGCGCCGGACAGUUGGUCAAGAAGUUUAUUCACCACUUCUUUUAGCUUUCACUCAUGAGAAGGAGGAGAAGUGGAGGGCCUCAUAUUCGACCAAAGGAACUGCCAUGGAUCCAGCCUACAGCUUGCCCUUGAACGUUGCUAUGAUUACUCUUCAGGAGCUCAAUGAUGGAAGUGUACUUCUUCGUCUUGCACAUUUAUAUGAGGAGGGAGAAGAUGCCAAGUAUUCAGCACUGGCUAAAGUUGAACUCAAGAAGAUGUUUUCUGAAAAAACAAUAAAGGAGCUGAAAGAAAUGAGUUUAUCAGCGAACCAAUACAAGUCAGGGAUGAAGAAGAUGACAUGGAAAGUUGAGGGUGAUAAUAGAGAUCAAAUCUCACCUCUUAGAGGUGGCCCUGUUGAUAGUUUAAGCCUGGUUGUUGAGCUUGGUCCAAUGGAAAUUCGCACUUUCUUGCUAAAGUUUUGAAAUCUUUGUAUUCAAUCUCUUUUCAAUAUUUAUUACAACUGAAAUAAGAUAAUAAAUAAAUCUCUUUCUUUAUAAAA